GAAGAACGCGCUGCAAUGAAGUUAAAAAAAAAACAAAGACUUGCAUGUUGAGUAAAACUCACUCAGUCUGUAUUUUGUCUUCUGUUUACAACGUUCUUGACCAUUUUAGUGGCAGUUGAAAUACAACCGGCGUCGAAGCAAAAGUAUUGUAAAUUCGUGCAGCUUUAGAGGAGAAUAUUCUGUGUGUUAUUUUGUGUGUAGAAGUGAAUGUUAUUUUCUCAUUUUCUUCUGAGAAAAUCCAAGAAAAUGUCUCGUAUUGCAUUGCUGAGUGUGCUCGUAAUUGUUGGUCUCUCUCCGUGUUUUGGCGCAAGAAUUCUCGGUGUCUUCCCAACACCAAUUCGAUCACAUUUCAUUUUUGCCUCAGCCCUGUUGAGAGGUUUGGCAGAGAAGGGACAUCAUGUGACUGUUUUGAGUAGUUUUCCACCUGAGGGGGCAUUGGAAAAUUAUCGACACAUUCAAAUUGCAACAGAAUCUUCCUCAGACAGAGGAACUUAUGAAAGACUUUCCACAGAAGGAUGGUCCUACUUUGGAACGCUACGCCUCCUUAUAAACGGUCUCCAUCAAACUCUUCACACCGCCCACAGUACACUCCACUCGUUUGAAUUCAAACAAAUCGCCCAAGAAGAAUUUGACUUGAUUUUCCUGGAAAUGUUCCUCAACACCUUCCUCAUUGGUCUAGGUGAUCACUUCAAAUGUCCCGUAGUUAUGAUCUUCUCAGCACCUUCAUCGGAAUUUAUAAAUCACCUGAGCGGGAAUCCCUCAACUGUGGCCACUUUGCCGCAUUUUCUACUUGGAAAGUCUCAGGAAAUGUCUUUUAUUAUGAGAUUUUUGAAUUUUGGAUUUACAACAGUUGAGAGGACAGUUUGGUCUGUUAUUGAUUGGAGAGAAAGAAUCUACUAUGAAGAAAACUUUCCCAGUCCUAAAUACAGAUCGUACGAAGAAAUGAAGAAAAACGUGAGUUUGUACUUUGUAAAUGAUCACUUCAGUAUAACUCUUCCAAGAGCGUAUCUUCCAAGUGUAGUCCCAGUUGGAGGACUUAACAUUGAUUCUAAUCCUGAUGCAUUACCUAAGGACAUUAAACAAUUCCUUGAUAGUGCAGAACAUGGAGCCAUCCUUUUAAGCCUCGGCAGUUGCUUUAAGGCAUCUUUCCUUCCGCAAAAAACACUCGAUAUCUUCAUUAAAGUUUUCUCAAAACUCCGACAAAGGAUCCUUUUUAAAUGGGAACAGGAUACCCUGCCUAACAAGCCUGAGAACGUAAUGAUCAGUAAAUGGUUGCCUCAAGCAGAUGUUCUAGGCCACAGAAACAUUAAACUCUUCAUUACUCACGGCGGAAUUGGUGCAAUGAAUGAAGCUAAAUACAACGGAGUUCCAAUCAUAGGGACUCCCUUGUUUGCUGAUCAGAAGACAAACCUAGCUUCAGCUGAACGAGAAGGCUGGGCCAUUGUACUCAAUAUUAAAGAUCUAACAGAAGAACUGCUAACAACUGCAAUUGAUAGAGUUCUCAAUGAUUCCAAGUACAGAAAUGAAAUUCAAAGAAUGUCUUCCCUGUUCAGGGAUCGACCUAUGUCAGCCCUUGACACAGCCAUCUACUGGACAGAGUACGUCAUCAGGCACAAAGGAGCUAAUCACUUGCAAUCAUCACUAAUUCACUUGAAUUGGUUCCAGAGAAAUUCUCUGGAUGUUCUUCUUGCUUACAUAGUGCUAUUUUACAUUCUAAUGACCUUUAUUGCUUACUUAAGACAUCUGAGGAGGAUGAAAAGAAGGAGUUUAGGAAGGAAGCUUAAAAAUGAAAAAUCAAAGGAUGAGUAGAGAAGAAUAAAUUAAAAAACUAACCUAAUAAAAACUUUAACAAAAAAAAGUUUUUAAUCCUAGAAUAUCAAACAGUUUUUUUGUAUGAAAUUUCAGUACAAAAUUCAAAUAUUUCAAGAGUUUCUUGGUCGCUGAAUAAGGCCCUUUAUCCGACAAUUUUAAAUAACAUUUAUUUCAACAACUUUGAUGGACAUUUAAUCUUUAAUAUUUUUAAAGUUUUACAUGUUUUCUAAUUAAUGAAAUAAAAUUUAUCCCAUAAUUUUAAAAAGAUAAUAAAUUUUUUUAAAGAAAUUCUUACGCUUUACGUAUUAUCGUACAAAUUAUAAUUUAAUAUUCUGUCCCUGAUUUUCUUAAACGUUAACAUUAAC